GAUCUCCGAAAGCCCAAGUUUCCUAUGGCUGAGCUUCCUGGGCAUGUGCAUUGGACAUGGGCUGUUCGCUACAACCCUGAGUAUGAUGAUCUUAUAUUGACUGCUGGAACAGACUCGGCUGUAAAUUUGCUUUUGGCGUCUACUCCUGGAAGCGGUGAUUCAACACCUGAAAGCUUAGCUGACUAUGCAGCACUUCGAAUGGAUCCUUUACUGCAUUCGUACAGUGACUACGAGGACAGUGUUUAUGGUAUUGCAUGGAGCCGCAGGGAGCCUUCAAUAUUUGCUUCAUUGUCAUAUGACGGGAGG